AUGAAAACCUAUGUUAACGGCAUUUUAUGCACUUUCGUCUGUCUUAUGAGUGUCGAAUCUGGAUUGCAUCCGCACAGGAGGAGAUCUAUGUUUAAAGAUGAAAGCCCUCGAAGUGGUUUGCGACCCAGCCACACUCUGCAGGGAUCCCGAAGUCGUAGUGAUUACGGCAUCGUCUCGCAUGUGCAACGGCUGGAGGAGCAACGCUUGCUAGUGCUAAUAUGGUUUGUGCGCGCACCUAACUGCGUUAGUCACUCUAGCAGAAAACUCAGCGAUUACGGUCUCCUACCUCCAGUUGUGCUCCCAUGUGUACAGAUAUCCACUGUCAGCUUAGCAUCCUCGAGCAAGUCCACCAAUAAAAUUGAAAGAGGACAUUCUUGGAAGAACCGAUUUCGUUGGGGAUUUUCGGCUCCAAACGUAAGAAGUUCACUCGCACAAGAAACUGAUCUGCUCAAUCUGCCAAGCACAUCCGCUGACAAUGUUUCCGUCCAAAUGAAGAAGUCAAAGUCGAUCACGUUUUGUGUGCCAACACAGGAGCGAUCAGUGAAGUCUGCAAGGAGCAGCGUGAGUGGCCUGUUUUCGUAG